CAACACGAUCGUUCUUUCUGGUUUUGCAUGGUCGUCUGGUUGACACGCAUUUGCAGAUCGUGAAAUUUCCGGAAAGGUGAACGCGAGUGGAAAACAGAAAAAUGCCAUUUUCUCCGAAAUCGAGUCAACGGAUUAUUGCUGCGCCAGAAAGAAUUAAACCGAGUCAAUUACCAAGAUCUGUAGAUACAGAUAAAGUCUCACAAUUUAAUUUAUUCGAAAAUUUUACAUUUUCAACGUCCGAAUCUCAUGAAGGCGAUGUGGCAGCUUGCUCGACAAAUUAUUCAAAAUCGAUGACAAAUCAAGUGCAAAAAAAUGGACAAUUAAAAAGUAAUUGGGAAGAAGAUAUGCUCCCUCGUUUUUCAAAUAUGAAUCUUCAAUCCGCAAGUGUUUCAACAAUUGAUCCCAAAGCGCCGGAUUUUGUACCAUAUGGAAAAUGCAUUGUUCCGAAUAAUAAAUCGCAACAAAUUUUCAUAGCAGACGGAAGAUUGUAUCAAGGAAAUCCAAAUGGAUAUCAAUACGUUUGCGGAAAUCAUCCUGCAUAUUAUAUGGUUCAAUCACAAGGACCUUACGUCGAACCGUGGCCGGUGAGGAAUGUACAGCAAUUUCCUAAUGGCGGUGGAAUUCCAAUUCCAACUCAGUUCUACGUAAAUCAUUUGGAUGAACACAAAAACUUUUAUCCAACUAUAAAUUACAGAACUGAUAUGUGCAACGCGAUAAAUUUCAAUCCAAAUUUCCACUAUCAGGAGGCAGUGCCACCAAUCGAUUUUCCCAAAAAGGAUAUUGCUCACCAACAAAUAGAGGAGGAGGCAUUAAAAAAUAAAAUAAAAAAUAAAGCAAAAUCACAACAAACGACCGCAAAACCAUUGAAGCCAAUAAAAAAAAUAGGUUUUCCAAAAUUCCCUCGUCGUCGAAAUUUUACACAAGAAGUUCAAGAUGAGAAUAUUUUUUGCUCGACAACGCCAAAUCCUCCAAUUCCAAAAGGAGCGAGACCAAUUUUAUCAGCGAGAAAGUAAAUAUAAUUUUACUUGGUAAUUUACUUUAUGAUUUUUUAUUACACUCAAGGAAAA